GUGGCCCGGCCCAUUAUCUCUCUCCUUUCCCACAGUGACGCUGCGGUGCUCGAGAAAGCCUCCGGCAUCUUCUUUCAUUUGCGACGAUGAUGUCUAAGCAUAUUCUAGCCCGACUCCGACCCCUAACCCGGCCCGCUUGUCGUAGUUCACAGCCCGCGAACUACACGACCCAUGAAUUUCAUCAUAAGCUCCAAAGUCGGCGUUACUCGGAUUCUCCGCUUCCAUCUCCGGCCGCUCCGGCUCCUACUCCUCCACCGUCGGCUAAGAUAUAUUCAAAAAGCUCUUUGAAUGAAGCUGAGCUGAAGAAGUUCGCCGCCAUUUCUGAGACAUGGUGGGAUGCUGAAGGACCGUUCAAGCCAUUGCAUGUGAUGAAUCCGACGAGACUUGCGUUUAUUAGGUCCAUGUUGUGCCGGCAUUUUGGGAAGGAUCCAAGCUGUUCGAGGCCAUUUGAAGGAUUGAAGUUUGUGGAUGUUGGUUGUGGAGGAGGGAUUCUAUCUGAGCCUUUAGCUCGCAUGGGCGCACAUGUUACAGGAGUUGAUGCUGUGGAAAAGAAUAUCAAGAUUGCCCAGCUUCAUGCGGAUUUGGAUCCAACAACUUCCUCUAUUGACUAUCUUUGUACAACAGCUGGUAUAUGUCGUACUUAUGUGUUCACUGUGAAGAAAAAUUGGUGGAAGAGCAGAGGAAAUUUGAUGCUGUACUUGCACUUGAGAUGCACACCUGAUUGUUUACAUGCUAUCCAGGUAAUCGAGCAUGUGGCAGAUCCUGCUGAUUUCUGCAAAUCGCUGUCAGCUUUGACCGAAUCUGGUGGAGCUACUCUGAUCUCAACGAUAAAUCGAUCAAUGAGAGCAUAUGCAACAGCUAUCGUUGUGGCAGAAUAUGUCUUACGUUGGCUACCAGCGGGCACACAUGACUGGUCGAGCUUUCUCACCCCAGAAGAGCUAGUCCUAAUUCUUCAGCGAGCUUCAAUUUCUGUCCAAGAGAUGGCUGGGUUCGUCUACAACCCACUGACAGGGCGAUGGUCUCUCUCUGAUGAUAUCGGUGUAAAUUUCAUUGCAUACGGUACAAAGAACCACGAAUAGAUCAGGAAUGUUUUGAGGUUUGAAAGAAGUGUUCAGUGUUCGAAGAUAUACCAGUUUUUUUCUUUUAUGGUUGUUAGUAACAGAGUAUAAAGCUAAUGAUUUGUUUAUUUAAUAAUGUUGGAACUUUUUUCUUCUGUUUAUGGAGAAGUUUUCUCAUAUUUCAAAGAAAACGAGCUGAAUUUUUCA